AUGAUCAGAAGCCUUCUCGGCAUUAAGGUACCGGCAUUGGUGUCUCACGUGCAGAAGCAGUGCAGAACUGUAUCGCCCGUCCAAGAACAGAACUUGGUGCAAAGCUUCUUAGUGCUCCUGACGACGCACUUGGAAAGCGGCUACAAGGAUCCAAGCAUGAGCCGCGAUGCUGUGGACGGUAAAGCCAUCGUGGCCAUGGUUGAUUGUUACGCGAUCUGGUGCGCUAUCUGGUCCUUCGGGGCGGUUUGCGAGACCACCAGCCGGUCCUCUUUCAGCCAGUUCCUCCGCAAGUUGCUGACAGGGCAGGUCGAAAACAACAAGCCACACAAGAAGCUACAGCCAAACCUCCCUGAUCGUGGCUCGGUCUUCGACUACAUUGUGGACUUGAAGCAGCCAGGCUGGACCACCUGGAUGGACACCGUGGAGGCCCAGACCAUCCCCAAUUCGGCCCAGGUGCAAAAUAUCAUCGUGCAGACGGUGGACAACGUCUGGCACCUAUCGCAUUCUUCGCCAUGA